AGAAUGAGAUAUCUAUGAUUUUGUAAAGAGCGCUAAACGUCAAAAUACACAUGUAUUUAUUUAUUAUUUGCCUUCUUUGCUCAUUAUUUGAUUUGAUUAUUAAUUUAUUAUUGAAAAAUGCACUGUCUAAUUUCUCUGAGAAGAAUGAGGAAAAUUUACCCUGCUAUACCUAAACGGUCCCUAGGCAUGAAACAACAUUUGAAUGAAUACUAUAAAAUCAUUUAUGAGACCACAAAUUUAAAUAUGUUUAGUCCUACGGCGGAACAGGUUCUAGAGAACAAGCAGUUAGACGGCAAGACGUGCCUGAUCACGGGCGCGUCGAGCGGGCUCGGGCUGGAGGCCGCGCGGUGCCUCGCCGCGAGCGGCUGUCGCGUGCUCGCCGCCUCGCGCAACACGUACAAGGGCCUCAACGCCACCAGGGACCUCGGCAGCGGAGACCUGAUACAGGUCAUGGAGCUGAACCUUGCGUCGUUGAAAUCUGUGAAUAAUUUUUCGGAGGAAUUGAUUCGGAAUGGGAAUCAAUUGGACAUGGUGUUGCUGAACGCGGGCGUGUUCGGCGUGCCGUGGGCGCGGACCGAGGACGGGGUGGAGACCAUCUUCCAGGUGAACUUCCUGGGCCAGCUCCAGCUGCUGCUCAGCGUGGAGCGGCUGCUCGCGCCCGCCGCCAGGGUCGUGUUCGUCACUUCUGAGUCACACAGGCGAGUGAACUGGUCACCCCGUGACCAGAUCUGCCCAAGAGAAGACAUGCUAUCGCUACCCGAACACGAAUACACGUCUAUAAAAGCGUACAACAUUUCCAAGCUGUGUUCCUUCCUCGCCAUGCAGUACCUGGCGCACCGCUGGCGCGGCUCCGGCCGGGGCGUGUUCUGCGCUCACCCCGGAACAUUUGUGAAGACUCAGUUGUGUAGACACUGGUGGGUGUAUGAGGCUUUGUAUACCUGCAUGAAGCCCUUCGCUAAGACUAUACCGCAAGCCGCGGCCACGCCAGUCUACUGCGCGACAUCGGACGCGCUCGCCGGAAAGUCAACGCUAUAUUACAAGGACUGCGCCCGCCGCACCGAGAGUGACCUCGCACAGGACUCGCAGCUCGCCUUCCGCGUCAUAGACCUGUGUCGCAGCAUGCUGAGCGACCGCGUGGGGCAGGCCAUAGACAACGCUGUCAGACCAGAGACAGCAGAGGUCAGAGACAAGCAAGAGGACGAGGGACUGGCUGCUGUGUCUUAAUUACGGAGUGGUUUCUGAUUGUUAUGAGUUUGAAUAUUUUGCUACGUUUAGAUGUACGUGUAAGAGCGUAAAAUUUUGUUUCGCUGCAUAAGAUGGUGGUGCUAGGUUACAUUUAUCUUAGUAUAUUUUAUAAUAUGCUGUAUUAUACAGGUUGAUUUUUGUUUUUCAUUGGGUAGUGUUUUAUGUUAAUAAUAAAAUCCCACCCCAUAAUGUUUAUGACCCGAAGCAAUGGAUAGUUAAUCUUAAUAUAAUAAAUAAUAAAGUCCAUAAA